CUGCGACACUGCUUGGUUCCACAGCUAACAGUCUCGGUUGAUCAAACGGAGAAAAACUUGACUUCUUCCUGUUUUCUCUAAUUGAGAGAUUCUGAGGUUCACAGCUUCCUUUCAAACUUGGCUUAGAAUAGUCCCAAGAGUCUUUUCAAACGAUCACUGCGUUAUUCUGGAGAAAAUGAACUAUACGGAUAAUGCCGAGGAAACAGUUAACAAUUCAGUGGCGUUGACUAUGAUUGGGUGGAGCCAUGUAAUAUGGAAGAAAACAACAGUGUGGAGAGAGUGGUGCGACUCUACAUCCAUUCUGUCAUCUGUAUCCUGGGUUUACUGGGCAACAUCCUGGUGAUCGUCACCUACGCCUUCUACAAGAAGGCCAAGUCCAUGACGGACGUUUACCUUCUGAACGUGGCCAUAGCAGACAUGCUGUUCGUGGUGGCUCUACCCCUGAUCAUCUACAAUGAGCAGAGUGACUGGGCCAUGGGGAUGGUGGCCUGUAAGGUUCUCCGUGGGGCCUACAGCGUCAACCUGUACAGUGGCAUGCUGUUGUUAGCUUGUAUUAGCACCGACCGCUACAUUGCUAUCGUCCAGGCCCGUCGCUCCUUCCGGCUCCGCUCCCUGAUCUACAGCCGCAUCAUCUGCGCUGCAGUCUGGAGCCUGGCCCUGCUCCUCUCCGUCCCCACCUUUGUCUACUACGAGCGUUAUGUGCCUGCACACAGCAGCAUUGGAAAUUAUUAUGACAACUAUGAUAACAACAAUGCUACAACACUGUUAAAUCUGGAGAACACCAUAUUCUUAGAGGAGGAGGAGGAGGAGGACUAUGUAGUCUGCAACUUCAGGUUCCCAGACAAAGCCACGGCCCGUCAGAUGAAGAUCCUGGUCCCGAGCACCCAGAUGGCGGUGGGCUUCUUCCUGCCCCUGUUGGUCAUGGGCUUCUGCUACUCCAACAUCAUUGUCACACUGCUGCGUGCCAAGAACUUCCAGAGGCACAAGGCGGUGCGCGUGGUGCUGGCUGUGGUGGUCGUGUUUAUCAUCUGUCAUCUGCCCUACAACGCCGCACUGCUCUACGACACGGUCAACAAGUUCCAGACCCAGACCUGCAGUCAGGUGGAUACCACCGAAGUGGCCAAGACAGUGACAGAAACGGUGGCCUACCUGCACUGCUGCCUCAACCCGGUCCUAUAUGCCUUCAUCGGGGUGAAGUUCAGGAACCACUUCAGGAAGAUUGUGGAGGAUGUGUGGUGCAUUGGGAAGAGGGUCAUGAAUCCCCGACGCUUCUCGAGGGUCACGUCAGAGAUGUAUGUCUCCACUGUCCGCAGGUCUAUGGAUGGAUCCUCUACAGACAACGCAUCUUCUUUCACCAUGUGAGGACGAGACCCUGUGGUGGAGACUGCCACUGCUGUGAACCAUAGCGCAGUCUGAUACAUUUAUCAAUGUACCUAUGCCAUCUUUAUUGAAUGUUUCCAUAAGCCUUACAUGGAAUAAUCAAUGUAAAAUAACAAAAGUGUUUAUUUAAAUGAUGACAACUGUUUCUACUUGCUGUUUAUUGUUUAUGAAUAUGAUAUAUCGGUUGUUGCUUUUAUGCAGUUCUGUCUUUGGUUAAUACACAAUUGUGGUUUAUGUCUGUGUUUGAACGUAUUUUGAAAGACAAAAUAAAAAAUAUUUUUUUAUGGUCUAUAUUAAUUUCCUAAUGUGUUUAUUAACGGAAGGACAAUACUCUGUAAUCUGGGUUUCAGCCAUGGCAAACUGCUCACAAUUAGUAGAAGUACCAGCGUUGUUAUUGUUACCCAGUAGAUAGCGCCAUUUACACUCUUUACACUAUGUCUCUACACAGUCUGGAAUGAAGCUUGUAAAAUCAGUGCGGAGACAGCUUCCCUAGAAUUAAGUGAGUUCUACAAAGAUAAGGCAGUAUUGUUGUUUAAGAAAGCCAAAUAUUAGGUCAUAUUUGAUUUGAGUGAAAUUCUGUUAUUGUCUUAGGUAAUUGGUUCAUAGGACAGACAGCCUCAUAUGCACUAUUUAUUUAGUGCAUGUUCUUGUCAACGUGAUGUUACAAUU